AUGAAGACAAAUUCAAAGAAAAAUCGAGUGAUGGGACGUAUUUGUUUGAGGAAUCGCUUCAAAACUACUGAGGAUGUUAAAGUGAAGUUAUUUCAAGAUAAUGAUAUCAUCGUUGAUGAACUUAUUUUAAAACCACAAUAUCUUGCAUUGUUACCAGUUCCAGCAGGUGAAUAUCGCGUGAAAAUUACCGUUGGUGCUUAUAAUGAUUGGAAAGCAGUUCCUGUAUCGUUGAUCAAAUUUACGAAUAUAAAAUGUAAAACGCUCGAUAAAUCGUUCGCUGAUUUUGGCAAUUGCAAACUCAAAGCGUUGUCUCGCGAUGAAGUCGCCCUUUCGUUGCGUGUUAAUCUCUUCGAAGUACCAGUGAAUAAUGUCAGUUUAAAUGUGGAAUUAUUCAAGAAAUUUAACGGUUAUCGACCUUUCCUGUUCAACAAAACAGUGGAUUUUUGUGAAUUUCUUCGUAAUAAAAAGCGCGUUGGCUUUUUUGAUAUAAUUUUCAAAUUCUUAGAAGCCUAUUCAAAUAUCAACCACACAUGUCCUUAUAACAAUGAUAUCAUCGUUGAUCGACUAAUUCUAAAACCACAAUAUUUUGUUUUGCUGCCACUGCCAGAGGGGGAAUAUCGUUUAAAGAUAGCUGUUGGUGCCUAUAAUGAUUGGAAAGCAAUUGUCAAUGUAUUUUUACAAGUUUGGGAAUAG